CGGUGCCCAGCAGUGCCACCCACCAGUUCCGCCCAGCAGUGCACCCACCUGUGCCCAGCAGUGCCACACACCUGUGCCACUCAGCAGUGCCACCCACCUGUGACCACCAGUGUCACCAACCUGUUACCAUCAGUGCCACCAACCUGUGCCCACCAGUGCCACCCACCAGUGCCCAUCAUUAGUGCCAACUAUCAGUGCCACCUAUCAGUGCCGCCUAUCUGUGCCACCUCAUUAGUGCUGCCUAUCCGUGCCCUUCUGUGCUGCCUAUCAGUGCCCAUCAGUGCUGCCUAUCAGUGCCCAUCAGUGCUGCUUCAUCAAUGCACAUCAGUGAAGGAGAAAAAUUACCUGUUUGAAAAAUUUUAUAAUAGAAACAAAGAAACUUUUUUCAAA